AUGAAGAAGUUCUUCCUCACAACAAGAACUGAUUACUUGGUGGCUCCUCCUAACACAGAGAUCAUAGAUGAUCUUGAGAUACCAUCGACGAUUCCAGAUUGGAUAACAGAAGAUGAGCUUCAGGUUUAUGCAGACAAGUUUCAAAGAUCUGGAUUCACUGGCCCUUUAAACUACUACCGAGCCAUGGAUCUGAACUGGGAGAUAUUGGCACCGUGGCAAGACUCCAAAAUAGUUGUUCCCACAAAAUUUAUUUUUGGAGAUAAAGAUAUGGGCAAUGAAGGAGAACAUGGAAAGAAGCAGUAUGCAAGAGGAGACAUGUUCAAGGGUCUUGUACCUAAUCUUGAGAUUACUUUUAUUGAAGAUGGUCAUCAUUAUAUCCAGCAAGAAAAGUCUAAACAAGUCUCAGAGGAGAUGCUCUCUUUCUUUAACAAGUUACAGAACAUAACAGAGUAA